AAUGUCAAAAUCAUAUUUCGAAAAUGGCGGUGAAUUUGUUUGUUUAUUUGGCAACGAGAUUAACAAGAUAGUAUUUAUUUCCCUAGUGAUUUAUUGCUCUUUCAAUAUGAGUAUUCUUUAGAGUUUUCUUAUUGAUGUAACAACAUUUCAACCAUAGCAACGGUACAUUAUUGAAGAAACAUUGUGAUAUUCUGUUCUUAAAACUUUCUACUAAUAAAUACAUUUUGGAAUAUUUUUACACAAAGUAAAUAAUCAUGACGGAACACAAUAAAAUGCCAAGCUAUAUGGCACAGCUAUUGGAACAACUUGGAUGGAAUCAAGGCACGCGAAUACCUUUGGCUAACCAAGAAAAUCAAGAAUUAGAGACCCUUUUAAUAAACAGGCAAAAUGAGUUGCAGCACCUUAAAGAAUCUGUUGUAUUGCAGAAUCAGAAAAGUGAUGAUCUUGCUAACUAUAAACAUCAUGUACAUUCUGAAUAUCAGGAGAAUAGUCGACUCCUGUUUGCACACAAGCAACAGCUGGAGCAAGAGGUGAAGUUGCGCCAGCUGUCGUCCAACGAGGCAGAGAGGCUUGACAGAGAUAUUGUUGAUUGUGGCAAACAGAGCAAAGACAUUACUACAAGAAUUGAUAGACUUCAAACGAACAUUGGCCGUUUGCUGAAGAAGGCGGAUGUUCUGAAGACAGAGGUGUGCGGCGAGCGCGGCGCGCUGCAAGAAUGGCGCGCGGCGCUGGAGCGGAACGCGGGCGACAUCACCGCCAUCGAGCAGUUCACCAAGCAGGACUUCUCUAAAGCUAAAGCAUUGGAAACCAAAAGACAGAAACUGAAGCUGGAACACGACCACAUGCAAGAGCGAAUAAACCAGCUCGUUUCAAAUCUCAACGCCGAGGAGAGAGCAUGCGAUAGGAUUUCAGUUCAGGUGAUGGAGGGCAUGGAACAGAGGAAGAUGAUGAUGAUGACUUGGACCAGCGCCGUGGAGAACUUGCGACAAAGAGACACCGACAUUAGACACACCAGAGAGGACUAUGCAGCAUUGGAAGAGGAGGCCAACAACAUAGCGGAGCAAUGUCGCGAGCAACAGUCGUUCUGCGAUCAACAACGCGGGAACAACGCAGACGCGCAGCGCGACAACAUGGCGUUCGCGCAACAACUCAGCAACAUCAGGCUCGCACAUCAAAACCUCGUUGAAGAUAAUCUCACGUUAGAUAGCGAGUCCCAGAGUCUCCAACGCGAGCUGACUAACGUGCGCAACACGCUGGAGAGACUGCACAUGGAGAACCGCCAGAUCAUGGAGGAGCAGCAUCGCAAGGACCUCGCGCUGCAGGCUGUCAACGGGAAGAUUAGAGAGCUGAAAGAAAAAUUGACAGACUCCUUGGACAAGUCGAAAUCUUCAGAGAAGAGAGCGAAAGAACUUGAGGAUAUGCUCAAUGAGGAGGAGCGGUACGCGAGCCAGCUGACGGUGAACCAACAGCGCGCCAUGCACUGCUCCUUCGUGGAGCAACAGAAACUGCUCGCGCUCAAGAACGAGGAGAAACUGUUCCACAUGCAACUUAAAGCCUCGAAAGCAAUAAUGAGUAAGUUGGAAAGCAAACAGCGCAGCAUUCAAAGAGAUCUUCAAAGUCAAAAGGAAUCACUGUACGCUAUUAGCUACCAAGUGGAGACUAUCGGCGCAAGAGUUUCACAUAUGGAGGGUGCUCAGGCUGAGCGGGAAUGCUCCGCUGAAUUGGUGGAAAAAGAAAACAGGUUGAAGGAGGUGUGCGGGCGGGCGGCGGCGCGCGUGUCGCUGCUGGAGCGGCACUCGGCCAAGCUGCUCGACGACAUGCGCCGCCUCACCAGGGACCUCGAGCUGCGCAGCGCAGACCACAUCAAAUUGCAAAGUCGUCUGAAGACGUCGCUGCUGGAGGUGGAGGGCGGGUCGAAGGAGCUGCGUGCGUCGCGCGGGGAGUGGCGCGCCGCGCGCGUGCGACUCGCGCUGCUGCGCCUGCGCGCCGCCGCCGCCGCGCGCACCGUGCAGAACCUAAACACGCAUGCGCUCACCAUCGACCAGCGUCGCUUGCAUCUCGACGCUGCGAUGAACGAGCGUCUGGUGGAGAUCAAAGCGCGGCGCGACAUGUUCGCGGUGCAACGGCGCGCGUUGCUCGAGGACUGCGGCAAGCUGCGCAGCGAGAUACGUGAGAGAGAACAGCGCAUAGAACAACUCAAGAAGAGAUACGAUAUAUUCAUUGGAUCUUUGGGGAAAGAUGAGUCCGGACAACAGCUGUCCGUUACUUUCUUCAAAAUUAAGUUCGCGGCGGAGCGCGCGGAGCUGCGCGGGCGCGGCGCGGCGCUGGACGGCGAGCUGGCGCGCCGCGAGCGGGACGUCGCCGCGCUCGAGGCCACGCUCCGCCUCGUGCACCACGCGCACCAACACUUCAUGCACCACAUCGCACCGCUGCAACACGACUCGCCUGAAAUAGAAGAGUUGAAUGCACUGACCAAAGAGUACUAUCAGAUGAGUGACGAGCUCAAGAGACUGAACGGCACCAUCAGUACGUUGGAGCAGAGCAUAUCAGACAGCAACUCGCGGCUGACCCUCAUCACGGACAAGUACAAUCAGCUGACCACGCGACAAGCGGAGGCGGAGGGCGAGCUGGAGUCGAGCCGCGAGCGAGCGCAGCGACAGGCGGCGCGCCUCAACAACGCGCGCGACCUCGUGCGACACAACGCCAGGCGUGCCAAGAAACUCGUCGACGGCGGUGACGACUGGCGCAUAUUCCAGAUCGCGCUGUGGGUGCGCGACUACUCGGAGGCGGCGCACAGCGCGCUGCAGGCGCUGGCGGAGGUGUGCGGUGCGGGGGCGGCGGGGGCGGGCGCGCAGUUCGGCGCGCUGCUCGCCGCCACCGACCUGCAGCGCCAUCUCACGCGCCACCAGCGACGUCUGCACCUCUUCAUACAAAAAAUAUUGGAUGGCGGACCUUCAAGCUCGUUUAAGGAAUCGUGUUUGGAACCUGAAGAGUCGGUGUUCUCGAGUUCGUCGGAGUCUAUAAAGAGUGGCGUGAGCGUCGCCAGCGGCUACACCAAGCGCUUCUCGGCGUUCCGACGGAGCCUCGCGCCUAAAGUGCAGGAGCCGGCGCUCAUCGAAGCCAUCCCGGAACAGGCUCGUCGUUCGACGGUAUCUCUGCGUGUAGUGACUCUGGGGUUGGAGGAUUCCAUUUCAGCUAUGAUGUCGACCACAAGCCCGCAAGCACGGAAGUCUUUACAUUGAACUUAUUGGGAUUAGACUAUAUCCCUUUGGAUGAACGUGGUUACAUUUUAACUACAACACUAUAAUUUAGAGAUGGUUUUAAAAAGGUCAUGACCUAAUGUAGACAUAAAGUAAACCAUUUUGAGUGAGUUUGAAAAUAUAUAUUUUUUUUUUUAUAUUUAAAGUAUUUGCCAACAAUUAUUCAGUUCUUGAAUUAUUACUUUCAUAAAACCUAUUUGGAAUGUAUGUUUGUAUGAAUUAAAGCGAAGUCAUUAAAA